AUGCCGCAGCGGUCGCCAUUUGCAAUCCAGGAGCUGCUGGGCCUUGGCGACUCCAGUAGCACUGCUGGAGUCCAGCACCAUCAUCACAGGAACGCGGCUGGUCUGCAUGGAGGUGGAGGAUAUCCUGGAGCGUAUUCGAUGGCGGCGGUGAAUGCGUCGCGUAUGGCGUAUUUUAACGCUCAAGCGGCGGUUGCGGCUGCGUUUCUGCCGCACAAUUUGUCCGCCAGUAUAGGACCGGGGCCACCGCCUGGGUCCAAUCAUCACGGAACGCCUCCUGGUCUGGGUCAUCUACACCAGGACAGUGCCAAAGACUUUGGAGCCGACUCGAUAGGAUCGUUCGGCAGCGGCAAGAAAAAGAAGAAACGCAGACACAGGACGAUUUUCACCAGCUAUCAGCUGGAGGAACUGGAGAAGGCGUUCAAAGAGGCGCACUACCCGGAUGUCUACGCCAGAGAGAUGCUCUCUCUCAAAACAGACCUUCCUGAGGACAGGAUACAGGUUUGGUUCCAAAACAGACGGGCAAAAUGGCGGAAAACGGAGAAAUGCUGGGGAAGAAGCACCAUAAUGGCCGAGUAUGGCCUCUAUGGAGCCAUGGUGAGGCACUCACUUCCGCUGCCCGAGACAAUACUCAAAAGUGCCAAAGAAAACGAAUGUGUCGCUCCCUGGUUGCUUGGCAUGCACCGCAAAUCGUUGGAAGCAGCCGAUCAACUGAAAGACGACUCCGAAGGAGGGGAAGGCGAAGGAGGCGGUAGAGGGGAUGGAGGGGAAGGCGGCUGUGGUGGUGGUGGGGGAAGCAGCAGCAGAGGAGGGGCGGAGGGAGAGGAUGACUCAAGGUCAUCGUCGCCGCAGGAGGGGGGAAUGAUGAUGACGUCAUCCGUACAUCAUCAGCGGGAGGCCGAGAGUGGCGGAGGCCAAGGUCCUCCUCAAGAAGGUGCCACGAGGCAGCAGAGGUUGGAUAAGAGUGAGGAGGCAGGAUCAGCCCAAGAACAGCUCCAACAACACCAGCUUCGCUUACAGCAGGAGCUGAGCUCGCAUCAGGCAGCUGUGAUGCAUCAGCUGGCCGCGUCAGCUGUGUCAGCUGACCCAGAGCAGUUCCGCAACAACUCCAUCGCCUGCCUGAGGGCCAAGGCGCAGGAGCACUCGGCCAAAAUGCUCGGCCUGAGUUCGAGUCACGUCGAGGCCAGCACGCAUGCGUCGCUUUUGCUCAACAGUGUCAGCCAGCUGAUGAGAGGGAGUCGCAUGCCACACCAAGACGCCAACGGCAACACACUGCACCCACACGCACACACACAGCCACCUCAUCUGACGUCACAUGCGCAUGCACAGGAUCUCGCAAUCACCAGCUCCGACAAUUCUUCCUCCAUGUUCUGACCCACUGUGACGUCUUCAUCAGCCACCUUGUCGCCGUCAUCUGUGACGUCAUCAUCUACUGUCGUGACGUCGUCACCAACAGCUAUGACAUCGUCACCAACCACUAUGACGUCAUCUAGUGCUCACAAUGUGACGUCACAACGUGAAUAAGCUAUGGUUGGUUAUCCACAGUUUUUUGUGGAGUUAUCAUCGUCGGUUAUGAUGUCACCAUCAGCUACCUUGUCACCUUCAUCUGUGACGUCAUCAUAUACUUUUGUGACGUCAUCUAGUGCUUACAAUGUGAUGUCAUAACAAGACUAAGUUGUGGUGAUUCUCCUGUAAAGUACUGUAGUCAACUUAUCACGGUCGUCUGUGACGUCAUCACCAACUACUAUGACGUCAUCUAGUGCUCACAAGUGACGUCACAUCGCGAUAAAGUUGUGUUUUGUACAAGGAUCCUAUAAAUACCAGGUACAUGUAGCAGACAUUACAUUUUAAUUGUUAUUUACACAUAUAAUAAUAU